GUUUACUUGUUAGAGAAACUUCUUCUUGCUAUACAACUUUAUUCACGUCUCAAUAAGAGGUCAAGAAAAUGGCUGGGGAAUCAUAUGAAAACGCCACUAAUGGAGGAGCGAAGAAAGAGUUUAACCCGGAUGAGAGGAUCCGCUCCGGAUUCGCCUACUUCAAGACUGAGAAAUAUGACAAAGAUCCCGAGUUGUACGAUGAGCUCGCAAAAGAUCAAAGCCCAAAGUUUUUGGUAUUUGCCUGCUCCGAUUCCAGAGUGUGCCCAUCCCACAUACUUAAUUUCCAACCAGGAGAGGCUUUUCUGGUUCGUAAUAUAGCCAACAUGGUCCCUCCUUAUGACCAG